AUGACUCGGAAACACACAGUUCCCCUCGACAAGCCUUGGGCUUCUCAAAUGUCCGCUCAGCUGCCUGACUAUUCCUAUGGCCAGCCAGCUGCAGCUCCAGUGUCCAAACCAGCUGUGACCACAGCACCCAUCAACCCCGAGGACUACUCGAAGCCCUACAUUGAGUUCAUGAGCUCCAACCCUACCAUCUUCCAUGCCAUCGACGCCUUCUCCAAGCAACUCGAGCAACAUGGUUACAAGAAACUGUCUGAACGAGCGGUGUGGACCUCGGACCUAAAGCGCGGGGGCAAGUUCUACGUGACACGCAACAGCAGCUCGCUGAUUGCUUUCAAUAUUGGAAAGGAGUAUGAGAGCGGUAACGGAGUAGCUGUUGUUGCUGGCCACGUGGAUGCCCUCACGGCUAAGCUGAAGCCUGUCUCGAAGCUCCCAACCAAGGCCGGCUUCCAGCAGCUUGGUGUUGCCCCAUAUGCCGGUGCAUUGAAUAUGACCUGGUGGGAUCGUGACCUUGGUAUCGGCGGUCGGGUUCUGGUCAAGAACCCAGAUACUGGAAAGGUUGAGACUAAAUUGGUCAAGCUUGACUGGCCCAUCGCCCGUGUUCCCACACUGGCUCCCCACUUUGGAACACCGGCCAAUGGUCCUUUCAACCAAGAGACGCAAAUGGUGCCAAUUAUUGGUGUUGAUAACUCGGAUUUAUUCGAGAAGUCGUCGACCGAGUCGAUCGAUAUUAAGGCUGGAACCUUUGCUGCGACCCAGCCCGAGAAAUUGGUAAAGGCUAUCUCCAAUGAGAUCGGUGUUACGGAUUAUAGCUCAAUUCUGGAGUGGGAGCUUGAGCUCUUUGACAUUCAGCCUGCUCAGUUCGGUGGAUUGGACAAGGAUCUUAUCUUUGCUGGUCGUAUUGACGAUAAGCUGUGCUGCUAUGCCGCUCAGGAGGCCCUCCUGGCUUCCGACGAGGACAAGUCGCCCGGUAUUGUGAAGAUGGUUGGCAUGUUCGAUGACGAAGAAAUUGGCAGUCUUUUGCGCCAAGGUGCCAAGUCGAAUUUCAUGGGUAGCGUUUUUGAGAGAAUCACCGAAGCCUUUGCAAAGGAAGCCUACGGUCCCAAUCUCCUCUCCCAAACCGUUGCAAACAGCUUCCUGGUUUCUUCGGAUGUCAUCCAUGCAGUCAACCCCAACUUCCUCAACGUCUACUUGGAGAACCACUCCCCGCGUCUCAAUGUCGGCGUCACGAUCUCCGCUGAUAGCAAUGGCCACAUGACUACCGAUAGCGUUAGUUCCGGUAUGCUGAAGGAAAUCGCAUCUCGAUGUGACUCCAAGCUGCAGGUCUUCCAGAUCAGGAAUGACUCUCGCAGCGGUGGCACUAUUGGCCCUAUGACCAGUGCGCAAAUCGGUCUGCGAGCUAUUGACUGCGGUAUUCCCCAGCUCAGCAUGCACAGUAUUCGGGCUACGACCGGUAGACAUGACCCCGGACUGGGCGUGAAGUUGUUCAAGGGUGUCUUUGAUCACUUUGAAGAAGUCGAUAAGCAAUUUGCCGACUUUUAA